AUGGACUGGCGAGCGGAGAGAAAACUACUAAAAAAUCAUCUUACCCGCGUUCGCAUGCAGUACUCCUUUUUUCCUAGGCUCGGUGAAUUGGUGCUCUGGUACGCCGGGCCAUCAAACGGAGAGAUCAAAUUCCACUGGCAGACCCAGACCUACCAGGUCUAUUUGGCUAAGGAGAAGAAGUUCGUCGGCACUCCCACAUGGUAUGGCGGUGUCGUUACUCAAGUACCGGAGGAACCCCUAAACCUACAUGAUGCUAUCCUAGAAACUAAUAAGGGGUAUGCACUCAACAAAUCCGGUUUUCGAAUUGAGCUAUUCCCAGACCCAAAUAGCUCUAAUAAGAAUAUGUCGACCCACUACAAGUACGUCCCCCUGAGCCAGAUUCGACCCUUGAACUUCUGGUCUAUUUACCUUCAGGGGGUAAAGAGUAUGGACUUUCACCCUUCUAUACCCCAUGCAUUGACUAUUAUGUCCUCGUUUAGUAUACUCGAUAAAUACUACUUCGAGGGCAUAUGGCCAAAUGCAUCUGUGCUCUGUAGGGGGUUGUACCUUGGAGCCGAGCUACUGAUUCCUGGUGACGGAGUUCGACUUAUGCCACUGGACCGAGAUGGAGCGAUCGAUAUUAACGGAAAGGUCACGGAUAUUUUAGUUAUCAAUACAAUCGAGUUGAGACUGAUGGAGUGCGAUGCAAAUCUUCAGUCUCCUAUCCUUAGCCAGACAACAACCGCACGGCUAAUAGGAAAAGUCUAUACCUUAGACCCUCAACUCGCCUUUGAUCAAAGCACUCCGUUAACCGAUACCGAGAUUUCUAAAUCGUUCGAAUGUACAGGCAUGAGAGAAUAUGGGCUAUGGUACCUUCGCCACGAGCCAGACAAGGUUACUGAGAUUUCAUUGGACCGUGUUAUUGGACGAUGCUUUGAGUCUGAAUACAUGGACAUUAUGUUUGAGAAUGUCGUCCUUGAUCUCGAUCUGGUGGGUAUAAGGGAUGCCCGUCUCUUUGGCCGUAAGGCAGAUGAACGUAUCGCUCCUGGCAAGGAAUGGUUUUGCGGUGAUAACCGCCUAGAACAACUUGGACUUGAGUCUAUCAACGGAAUCGAACACAGCAGAUGCGAUGACUCAAGAGAUCCGCGAAUGUAUAGAGCAAUCAUGAACAUUAUCAAUGAUGAGGCUGUCGACGCGGAUCACCGAGAUUCUAAAAUCGUUCGCCAACUCGGACGUGCGCAUGAGGGACUGAUCGGAAGUAGAUCCGGCUACACAACAUUUGAUAAUGCUGGAAAACAUAGCUCAAUGGUUGCGACGGCACUUGGCGGCGAGGCAGCGACUCCCCAUAUCAACACUGAACUGGUUGAGAUUGAUGAAACCGAAGAGGGAGACGCAGGCAGUUCAAGAGAAGUUGCGCCGUCUACGUAUAGCGGGGAUGAGCUUGUUGUAGUGCCAGUGCAUAAGCGACGGCGUCAACAUUGA